CGCCCCCCAAUACAGCCAUUCUGCCGGUGAGAGGCCGCUGCCGCAGCUGGACUGAAGAACUAGAGAAGGCUCCCUCUUCGUCUCACCAUGCGGACCGUCGUGACGUUGCUCCUGCUGGUUGUGGCGGCGCUGGCCGAGCCAAUCCAGGUGCACGAGGAGCCGGACGAGAAGCCUGUGGAGAAGCGCGGCCUUAGCGCCGACGGCGGCUACGCGGCUGCCGCCGGGGACUACGGGGGCGGCGCCGGGGACGCGGGGGCGGCAGCGGCAGCAGCAGUGGCGGACGUGGGGGCGGCGGCGGCAGGCGCCGGUGACAGCUACGCCCACGCCGCGGCGCUCACCGCCGACUACGGCGGGGUCGCCGACGUGGGCGGCUCCCUGGCAGAGCAGAACGCGGUGGGUGACGUGGGCUUCGCGGGCACGGCGGGCGGCGAGGGCCUGGGCAAGACGGUGGAGAAGCUGCGGCCGUACGCGGUGCCGGUGGUGAAGGUGGUGCGCGUGCCGGUGGCGGCGCCGGUGCCGGUGGGCGUGCCGCGCGCCGUGCUGGUGCCCGUGCCGCAGCCCGUGCCCGUCCACGUCCGCGUGCCGCUGCCCGUCCACGUGCCCGUGCUGCGCCAGGUGCACGUGCCCGUCGAGAAGCACUACCCCGUCGAGGUCGAGAGGAAGGUGCCGUACCCGGUGGAUACGCCGGUGCCGAUCGCCGUGGUACGCCACGUGCCGGUGCCCGUGCCGCAGCCCUUCCCCGUGCACGUGCCCGUCUACAAGCACAUCUACCACAUCCCCAAGCACCACGAGCCGGUGCUCCACCAGGCGCCGCACCACCACCACUGAAGCCGCCGCCGCCGCCGCCGCUCCCAGCUGCCGGUGCCUUACCACACUGCCCAUAGACUGCUUUAACUGUUGUUGUUGUUAUCUGUUGCUCUGUUGAUACAUUUGUAAGUGAUACAACCCUUUUGUAAUAAAAUGUUCACAACCGUC